AUGUUUAAAGACACAAUUGGUGUUUUCUUUGAAGGUGCUGUGUACAUCAGAUGGGGACGAACGGUUUGUCCAAUAAACGGAACAGAUCUAUUAUAUACUGGAUUUGCUGCGGGCAAUUUCUACAAUGAUUAUGGUGCUGCUGAUUUUCUCUGCCUAACGUCUGACCCUCUGUGGGGGGUGUACGAUGACGCUGAGCAUUCACCAUCGGCAAAGGUGUACGGGACGGAAUAUCAAUUUUCUGAACAGCAUUAUGCAAACGGAGGAGCACAAUUCUUUGGGAAGAAUUUGCAUGAACAUGACGCACCAUGCGCAGUUUGUCACACUUCUCGACAAGCCAGCGUCAUGAUUCCAGGCAGAAACCAGUGCUACCCUGGAUGGACAAAGGAAUACUCUGGCUAUCUGGUCGCUGGAUUAUCUGGGGCAUCACACAAAUCGCCUACCAACUACGUAUGUUUGGAUUCUGGAGCCGAGUAUGAAAGUUCCGACUUCAGAAACGACAACGGAAAGUUGAUGUACAUGGUUGAAGCUAUGUGUGGGUCACUUCGUUGUCCUCCGUAUGUGCAGUACCGUGAAAUAACGUGCGUUGUGUGUAGCAAAUAA